AUGUGUGGUUUUAGACCUAAGUUAGAAGAUUUCAAAGGUAAUAAGAUAUAUGCCUCGUCCCUUAAAGAAGAGCUAAAACUUGCACUUCCAAAAAACUUACCUGAUGAUGAUGAAGCUUACGACAAGAGGGCUCAGGUUUGGGCUUGGGAACAUAUUCCAAAGAUUCUACCCAUCCAGAACAUCGUGCCUUUUACUGAUAUUAUAGAUCCGAAAGCUCCAUUAACUCAUAGGUGGAAUUACUCGUUCUCUUAUGCGAAUGUCCCCAAGGGUUGUUUACCUCCGAUCAGGGAUCAGUUAGCCCUCAUAAGGGAUGAUGAUAAAGACUGUAAAGGGACUGGGAAAUUAGGCAUGGAAUGGAAAGCCUACCAUAGUGAUGUCAACCCCCAUUGGGAUAAUAGGAGCUCUUAUGUGGUAGAAGGUGAAGAAGUAACCGAGGGUCUACCUCCUCAAGCUGUCACUGGCUACCUCCCUUGGUUUCAUAAGAAAACUGUGAUAGUCAUCAGUGAUUCGAAGAAGUACGGGUACGGGAGUCAGGGCUACCAGUCAAUCUCAGAACGCAAAAUAUUAUAUGCGGACACCCUCAACGAUAUUUACCACAUAGUUGAUGAGUAUCGUACCAAGUAUCCGACCAGAGACCGUGAGCUUAAUACGAUGAUUGACUCGGUACUCAGUAGCUCCUUCAUUGCCCUCACUAUUGGUCCUGACGCUUUGAAAAUGGUGUCUAGUAAGAGACUUGUCGAAAACCAACCGACUCUAUCCCAACAUCCGCUACCCCCUCAAAAGAAAGCUCCCAAAAAGAACAUUGGAGGUGGAAGAAAGAUACGCAUGCCUCGUCCAUUACAAACUGACUAUGGCCAAUCAAGUACGGAUUGGAGAAUUGUUCCAUUUCAUGAUCCCAAAGAGUCGACGGGGAAGAAGGACAAGAGGAGGAAGAGAGCGACGAAGAAAGCGAGGAAGAGAGCGAAGAAGAGGCUACUCCCCCUCCUAAAGGAUCCUCCCAAAAAAAGAAAUCACGGCGGAUGGGCUCUAGGAAGCGUACAAAAACCAAAUUGUAUACUCCGCCUUGAAUUCUAUUGGAAGCGCAACAUUUUGUCUUUUAUUUUGAACUUGCUUAGGAUUUGGAUUUUGCCUUGUAAUUUGAACUUCUUUAGGGUUUGGAGUUUGAAUUUGUAA